AUGAGAAACCAAUUUCUCACUUUGUUGGCAGUUUCUACAUCUGUCAAUGCCACAAACCCUUCUCUCGUUCCUCGUCAGUAUUGCGAUCCAGGCCAUAAAUUAUGCGCCGGUGGCUGCGUUCCAUCUUCCUAUACUUGCUGCGCCCCUGCUAUUGUGGGUGCAUGUCGACCUGGAACUUACUGCUACACCGGCCAGGACAACAGACCUGGCUGUUGCCCUAUCGGUGAUACCUGCCUCAUGGGCGGUAGUAAGUCUUCUGAUAAGCCCACUGCUACUGCGGAUGAGCUUGCUAACACCAAUGAAGAACCUGGUACCGUCGACGAUGGAAAAGGUGGUCCCCUCGACAACUCAGGUUUGAACGAGGACAUAGACUUGAACCCUGCGGACUAUGGACCUGGAGGCCGGUACAUAGGCCACGGAAAUUCAGAUCCGUCUACAGACUAUGGACCUCCAGACCAGUACAACAACAACGGAGCUUCAGAUCAGUAUGGCGGCGGUGGCUACGGGCCACCAGACCAGUACAACAACAAUGGAGCUUCAGACCAGUACGGUGGUGGUGGCUACGGACAGUCAGACUACAGCAACAACGGAGCUUCAGACCAGUACGGUGGCGGCGGCUACGGACAGUCAGACCAGUACAGCAACAACGGAGCCUCAGAUCAGUACGGCGGCUACGGACAACCAGACCAGUCCGGCGACUAUGGUUAUAGUGAAGAUACUGGCGAAUAUGAAGAUCAUGCAGUUGCCAGUAACCGAAUCGACGGCACUGUCGCCUAUCUCGUGGCGAUCGCUAUAGCUCUCCUCCUUUGA